AUGUCGAGGAACCGGGAACUUAGUUAUAACCAUGUACCUCCUUUAUCGGCAUCCUCGUCAUCAUCACUACCAGGAGGAGGCGGAGGCGGAGGAGGAGGAGCAAACUCCACCACAAGAGAACUACUUCAGCAACGAAAAGCAACCAAUUUCAAAUCCUACUAUUUUCAAAUUCAAAACUUGAUCAACUCCAAUGUCCUGUUGAGUUUGAAAUUCGAGCAAUUGAAAACGCCCGAGAUCUUAUCUACUUUGAUCAAACCAAUUAUUGUGGAGAUUAUAUCAAUUACAGACAAGAGUCAAUCUCAUCUUCCCCCCACACAAUUUUCUGACCCAAAAUCAAAGCUCAAAAUAUCAACAUUUACCAUCUACAUUCUUCUUCUUCUUCGAUACGAAUACUUGAUUCAACUGGAGAACAAUUUGAUUUGUUUUGAUUUAUUGUGUACAAAAGCCAAUGUGUGUGAAUUAUUGGCAAUACGAAUGUUGCGGGAGUAUCGAUCAUGGCAACGAAUACAGAUGUUGUUUAUAAAGCCACCCGCGGGAUUGGCCACUGCCACUAGUAACACGAUGUCAACUAUGGGGAUGAUGGAUGUCAAUACUUUGGAAUUGGGUAUUUUGUCAAAACUGAAACGGUUUUUAUCGCAACCCAUUGUGAUUCACAUUUUGAAACGGUUUUAUAACGGCGAUUUGGUCUAUGGUGGGUCGUGCUCUUAUUAUCAUAGUGGAGAGUUUCGUGAUGAUGAAAAAAGCGCAUUGUUGGGAGCGAGAAGAAGUUCGAGAAAGCAACCACUGUCAAGGUAUAACAUAUUCACUGGUGAUGGCAACAAGAGUGUUACAGACUGCGGCGACUAUGAUCUCGAUGGAGAUGGUGACCUGAGUGCUGAUGAAAUGAUUUUUGACGAUUCAAUCGACAAGUUUUCCAUUGUUCGCAUAUUCAACCGAGCACAACUUGUGCCUAAAUAUCAACAUGUUUUGAUUAAUUUGAAAUUGAUCAACUUUGCUAUUGUCUAUUUUAUUAUGAUUUUACAACCAAAUGAGCAUCCAGUCUUUGUUGAAUUGUAUUUUUGGCUCCUUGCACUAAGUUUCAAUUGCGAAGUGUUUACCAAAUUGACUAAAAUUGAUCAUCGAUUUUUGAACUUGGUUAUUUGGAAUCAGAUUGACUUGCUAUUUAUUUCCAUUAUUGAUUUGUGCUUCUUUUUCAAAUUCAUUUGGCAAUCUCCACGAUAUUAUCAUGAUGUAUUCAGUUUGAUUGGGAUAAUUUUGUUCCCACGAAUAUUAUCCGUAUUUAACAAUUACCGGUUUUUCAGUUUAAUUUUGUUGUCAUUCCACAAGAUGAUUUUCAAUUUGAUUGGUCUCGUGUUGUUUUUUUUCACAUUGAUUAGUGGGUUCUAUUUCAGUUUCAUCACUUUAUCAUAUAAUCAAACGAGACAGGAUGUGUUGUUCAACAUGUUGAAGAUCUUUUUCGGAUUCACACCAUCAGUUUGGAAUUAUUGGGAUGACUUUAAUACAUUGGGUAAAAUUAUGCAAAUGAGUUAUUUAUUCUUGAUUCAAUUUAUUGUUGGGACAAUUUUAGCAAUUUGUCUUAGUGGGGUAUUCACCAAGACCAGGGAAAAUAUCGAACAUGAAUUUAACUAUUUCAAACUGAACAACUUGAUUUUGUAUUUCAAAAUGGGUCAAUUAAAUCAAGAGCUGGGGGUGGUUAAUUGGUAUUGUCAAUUAUUCAAGAUGCCCUUAGUGGGGGUCGUCUUGGCGUACGAAGCAAUUAAGCAUGUAUUUUCAAAAAGAAGAAAAAAAAUGGCCAAUGAUGAUGUUGAUUUGAAGCAUUUUGCGUUUAUUAAUAACGACCAAGAUCAGUUUGGAGAUCAAGUUAGUAUUGGGUAUGUCGAUACAUCACAAGAAGCAGUUGCCAUUAAAGUUAACAAACGACAAGCAAUGAAGAAUCAUCAAUCAAUCAGUACCUUGGGUGGACACUUUCGCACAGCAUCAACCGAUUCGUUCUUUAUUGAUCAGUUGUUGAAUCGAAAGUAUGGAGUUCCAGGAAACACCACAUUGGAUAACAAACUUGAUCGAUUACAAACUCAAACACAGACACAAGCUCAAACUCAAGCACAAGUGCCACUGGUGAAUCGAGUAUUUUCUCGUAAAGCACAACUGCAACGGCGGAAUUCACCUCCAAUGCAGCAGCAGCUACAGCUACAACAACAAGUACCCAUAAAGGUCCAAAAGUCAUUCAAUGUUCCAAGACGAGGAUCGGUUUUCCUGCAGCCACCACCACCACUACAAAUGAAACAACAACUGCAUUCUUACGCUCCACAACCGUUCUUUGGCUCAUCACCACCACCAACAGCAACAGCAGCAACAACAACAACAACAACAACAACCAUGCCCUUGCUGCAAUCUAUGUAUACACAAGAUAUCCUUACACGAAUAUCUAAUCUUGAAUCAUUACUUGCCAAACGUAUGGUAUCAACCAGUGUUGAUGAUUCUAAACUGGUGAUGAUGUAUCGAAUUAAUGAGAUUGAUGAUUAUCCAGAUGAAAAUGGGAACAGACGUGGAGAUGCGCCAGUACAGAGACGGGUACUUGCAAGUGGACGUGUACGCGCACGUGUUUACGAUGAUGAUGAUGAUGAUGAUAAUGAUGACGAGUUGCUGAUCAAUUCAGAAAGUGAUGACGGGGAUGAAAAAAGAGGAUGCGAUUGUGAUAAUGAUAACGACAAUGAGGAUGUUGAUGACGAAGAAGUAUCGAAUCAAACUCUUCCAUUAAAGUUUAAUACAUUGAGUGACACUGAAAUUGAUCAAUAUGAUAGUGAUGAGACAUUUUAA